ACACUCCUGUUUCAGUGAAAGAAAAAUUUUAUGUCAUGCCGAUUUCGUUCGUCAUAAAUUUUCAGUUAAUUUUUUUAUUGUGAAAAUUACUGAAAAAUUCAUAGUUCGCCCGUAGUGUUUUCUGCAAAGUGUCUGGUGCUGUUAUAUUGAAGAAAGAUAGUUUCUACAAAAUUCCACUUUAGCAUUAAUUUUUUAUUUACAAGCCUAACAUCUGCAUUCAAAAUGCCAAGUGAGCAAAUCUACUUGUUAGAAAUUAUUGUGAAGAAAAUUGAGCUUCAAUCAGACCAGGUCAUAAGCGACACCAAAAGCUUAUCGGUUGGCUUCAAAUUUGCCCAGAUCAUCAACUUUGAGGUCGACACCAUGUAUUUUUCGCAGCCAGAGCUUGAGGAGCCCAAUGGAAGGACGGUUAUGAAGAACUAUGGAAAAACGUACUUGUUCGUAUCCAAGCCCUCGGAUCUGCGUCAACUGCUUGUGAGCGACCCGUACCAAAUAACCCUGUAUGAUGGAAAUAAGACUAUAGGUUUCACAACGGAAUUUUGGAAACGGGAGUUCAGCGAAAUGAUCAAAUUCUUUGAAUCACUUGGAAUUGUUAAAUCUACAGCGGUAGAAGAUAUGUAUGAACUACAAAAUGAUCGGGGUGUUACUACGGCCAAAAUAGAUGUUUUUUUGAGAAUGUCAUGCUUUGGACAAAACCUACAGACAAUGUUUCAAAUAAAACAGGCGGGACAAAAGCAAGAGUUCAUAUUUAGGCAAAGGAAUACAUCUAGAACUUUUAAAGUUGAGAAGCAUGCUGACGAACGAUGGCAGCCUCUGGUUGCGCCCCUUUAUAGUGCAAUUACCGAUACGAAAAGCAGUCCUGGUUCUCAAGUUAACAUGAAGGAAAAUGUGUCGUUGACUCAACUUUUUGAACGAGACUUUGCAUUGCAAAAGGAUAGUAAUUUCCGAACACCAGACCCAGUUACUUUCGAAGAUGGAAUCCGGCUGGAUUUUCAGGACGAUUUUGAUAAAGUGUCAAUAUGCUUCAGACCAUCGGAAAACAAGUUCUUCGAUUUACUGGACCUUAUCAGUGCUGAUGUAAAAACUAAAGAUACGCACACUGAGGUAACAUUUCAAAGAAAAAAAGUGGACCGUGUGAAUUCAUUUCUAAAGUCCGUUGGAGGUGAUCUCAAGUUAAGUCCAAACAUUGUCAUCGAGGAAGAUGAAAACGUGCUUGAAAUGACCGCCGAUAAAAUUGCGAAAAAGCUUUGCGGAAACAAGGAUUGUCCCGCCGUGAAAAAGUUCAAGGAAUAUGGAAUAGGCCCUUUAGCUACAGGUAAGAGCCUAGGAACGGUAUAUGGAGAUGUAGAGCCCCCUGUUACGUACGGAAUCAGCCACACUUAUGGCACAAUGCGCGAGUAUGGCCCUUAUGGGGUAUUCUCAAGACCAAAACAGGAGGAACUUCCAUUUAUCGCUCAAAAUGAUCUUGAUUUUACUGUUAAACCCUGCAAGAUUAGAAAGGAGCAGCCGACUUGCGAAAGGAAAACUAAGCAAAAGAAGAAAAAGCACGCGCCUCAAUGGCACAGCAAAAGUUGCCCAUUAUGCCCUGAAAGAUUGCGAGGAGGUGCCGAUACUGGCCUCCAAGCGCAACCUGGGAAUGAGGACGCAAUGCUGAUGACAAACUCGCCGAUGAUCGAGUGCAAAUCGGUGAUGGAUCAAUUCGACAGCAUUUUGGCUGAAUAUAAAAGAGCUUUAGGGCCAUGUGGCCAGGCUACUUGCCCAUACGCGCAAAAUUUGGCUGACGACACUUGCAGGAAAAUGUGCAAUCAACCACCGUCCCCAGUAAAGGAUAGUAGUUCUAUGUCUUGUAAUGGAGACCCGUGUGAUGUUGAAGGAUGUCCGUAUGCGGAAGCUCCAAAGAAAAAAAGAUAUCCAUCAGGCUGUGGAAACCCUAAAUGUGCGUACACCAAGUACAAGUUAGGUCUUCUUGAUGAUGAUGCUGAAAUGGAGCUGAAAUUUUUACCGCCGCCACUAGCAGGUAAUUGUGGAGAUCCGAAUUGCAACUAUCCAUUUGCUGCGCCUUUGCCACCAAUUCACUGGGACUGUCCGGAUCCCCUUCCAAAAGGAACAUGUCGCAACUUGAACUGUCCCUUCCAACCUGCUCCUUUGAAGAAAUUUAAGACGAAGCAACAACUGAAAACUGGGCCCUGUGGAAGCCCAAUGUGCGCCUAUGCUUUACCGCAACCAUGUGGGGCUCCUACUUGCCCCUUCAUUAUGCGUCCUUGUCCCAUGGCCGAGAAACAAAAGCAGAAACCGGCGAGAAAAAAAUGCCCUUCUGAGAGUGAGGAAAAUUUAUGUCAAAACCCAGAGUGUCCGUUUUCGGAGAAAAAUGCUGGCAAUGAGGUUGUUGAUGACAUCAACGAUCCAAAAUUCGAAGGAGAGUUUCAGGAUUGCGGCAAUCCAAAUUGCCCGUUUAAGCAGAGGGAUAAGAAAAAGAAAUCCAAGAAAAAAUUGAAAAAAUCCUCUUGCGGUAACCCGGAGUGCCCGUCUGCUAAACCAGACAAGAGCAAAAAGAAAAUCAAAAGCUGUGAAAUAGGUGAAGAGGACAGCAUAUGCUCUAACCCAGAAUGUCCAGACAAAUCGAAUAAAGAUAAGAAGCAGAAAAACCGAUGUGAAAAAAGUUCAUCUUCUGAGAGUUCAAGCGUAUGUUCCGACCCACAAUGCCCAUUUGCAAGCCCGAAAAAAGGCAGAAAAUCGAAAGAAGAUAAAAGAAGUGAAGACACUUUGAGUGCUGCAUCUUGUCAUAAAAAGGACGAAGAUAGUGUGUGUUCGAACCCUGAAUGUCCAGAACAGAAAGCGAGAACUGAAAUCGACCCUGAUCGAUGUGAUCAACCGGGUUGUCCUUAUUCAACGAAGCCACCAAACCCUGCAAAGUGUUACGAUCCCAACUGUCCAUAUUUGCUACCAUUACCGUCCUGUGGCAUCCCGAAUUGCCCAUAUGAACCUGUUCCUUUAAGAUAUUUAUGCAAAAACCCCAAGUGUCCAUCGAGGCAAGUGGACUUUAAGAGAAAAUCCGGAGAGACAAAGUUUAAUGAAGUCGCAGAAGCAGAAAAAUCUGGCAAAGAAAAUGUGUCAGUUAUAAUGGAAACCACAUUAGUAUGUGAGCAGGAGACACCAUGCGACAACAGCCCAAACGAUUGCGAAAAUCCUGAUUGCGAAAUGAAGGAAUCAACUGAAAAUAAAGAAACAGGACUAGUGAAGCACAAAAAGAAAGGAAGAAGGAAGAAGCGAGGAAAAUUCGUGUAUUCCAUCGGAGAUACCUAUCCGGGAACCAAGCUGGGCCAUAGAGAAUGCGUAACACCCGUUUUCAAUGUCCCACCUCAUAUGGGAUGGUUAUGGAACAUUUUUACACCAAUUCUAAGUUUAAAGCCAAGACGCGGAUGGCGGCCUGGUGCCUUAACGAAAACCAUUGCAGCCCGAAUUCGUGCUCAUCACCAAUCCAAAGGCUUGGGUUUGCUAAAAGUGCCCAAUUUUAAAAAGGAUGGUGGCCAGUUUGAGGAUGCAGAGCUAAAAGUGACGCCAAAACCGACAUUGCAAAUUCAGAAGAAAGAUGGAGUUUAUUGGAUUACAAUGAAUCCUUUAAAAGACCCAUGUACCCUGGUUGAAAACGAAGACCCCUACAUGGAAUGCACCCCUAUGACUUUCAAAAUUUCAAAAAAUAAGAAACCUGAAGAGCAAUUUUGUCUUUGUGAUGGAGACGCUCCAGAUAUAUUAAACUCCGACGCUUCAUCUGAUAGUGAAUUAGAUAUCGAAUUCACGCCCCCCGCUGGAAUAAUACACCCGGAAAGAUUUAAAAAGCGUCCAAAUGUGGUUUGUUGCGAUGCACAGUACGAUCCCAAGGACUUUGAAGUUAAGAAAAAGAAAGACGAUAAAAAAGCAAAAGGUAAAGGGAAAGAUAAAAAGGGCAAAGGAGGCAAAGGCAAGAAAGGAGGCAAAAAGAAGUAAAAAGUAUUGAGUUUAUAUCAAAUGUAGCGCGUUAACUGAAAUUAAAUAUUGUGCCGAAAAAUA